UCAGUUUGACCAAAUGCCCACGGACACAUGCCCUGCAGACUGUCGGAUCAACACUGUUUUUUGCGUCUUUCCUCAAAGAAAUCAAAAGCACAAUGGGACAAGAAGAGAGCCACCGUAGGGAGGUGGAUUUGGCACAAAUUCAGGAAUUGUGCCUCACUUUCAUGAAGGCGUGUCCGAGCGGAGCGUUGCAUUUACACGAGUUCAAGAGGAUCUUCGGGGUGCCGAAAAGCUCUGCAGAGGAGUCCCUCUACAUUGAGACAGUAUUCAACUCCUUCGACACAAACAAGAAUAACACACUUGAUUUCAUCGAGUAUGUGGCAGCACUUCACCUGAUCUUACGGGGCAAUCUGGAAGACAGGCUCAAGUGGUCCUUCAAGAUGUACGACAAGGACGGGAACGGCAAGCUGGACAGGACGGAGGUGAAACGGCUCAUCGGGAUCAUUUACAAAAUCAAGCUCCAGAAGACGGAAAUCAGCAUGACGCCGGCUGAGAUCUGUGACAGGAUCUUUGAGCUGGUCGACCAGAAUCAUGACGGUCGGAUCACGUUGUCCGAGUUCAUGGAGGGAGCUCAGAAGGACGAAUGGGUCAUGAGCUUGUUGAAGUUGGACGUUGACGCCAGCAGCUGGGUCAUCCAGAACUGUGUCAAGAUGCCCUGAUCUCUCAGCCAGUGGGUUCAUCGGGUUCCUUUCGUUUAGGCUGACAGAGAGGCGCCGUCUUCGGUCUCCAUUUUGAGGUUCCUGUGACUCGGAGCUGGAGCUCAGCGCACGUCUUCAAGGCUGCAGGCCCGAAGGUCCAGGGUUCGCUGUGAGGCCGGGUCGGGCCUGGAGCUGAGGUCUCUGUCU